AUGGGCGAAUUUUUCUUUAACAUCGAUCACGGCUACCUCGAGGCGCUGAUCCGGGGAUUUAAGUCCGGCAUCUUGACCCAAUCCGAUUACGCCAAUUUGGUUCAAUGCGAAACGCUUGAGGAUCUGAAACUCCACGUGCAAUCGACCGAUUACGGAAACUUCUUGGCCAACGAGCCUGGAGCGAUCACGGUACAAGUGAUCGACGAGCGAUUGAAGGAAAAACUCGUCACCGAGUUCACCCAUUUGAGGAACAAUGCGCUCGAGCCGUUGGCCACGUUUUUGGAUUACAUCACAUACGCCUACAUGAUCGACAACAUCGUUUUGUUAAUCACCGGCACUCUUCAUCAACGCCCAAUCGCGGAGCUCAUCUCAAAAUGUCAUCCACUUGGAUCCUUUGAGCAGAUGGAAGCCAUUCACAUCGCGUCUACCCCAGCCGAGCUCUACAAUGCCGUUCUUGUCGAUACACCACUUGCGAACUAUUUCGUGGAUUGCAUUAACGAGCAAGAUUUGGACGAGAUGAAUGUGGAGAUCAUUCGAAACACUCUCUACAAAGCGUACAUCGAGGAUUUCUACAAAUUCUGCGAAGGACUCGGUGGGAAAACCGCCGAAGUGAUGUGCGACAUUUUGGCGUUCGAAGCCGAUCGUCGAGCGAUUAUCAUCACGAUCAACUCGUUUGACACCGAAUUGAGCAAGGAUGAUCGAGAGAAAUUGUAUCCACGAUGCGGAAAAUUGUAUCCAGAAGGUUUGGCCGGUCUUGCUCGUGCCGAUGACUAUGAUCAAGUGAAAGCCGUCUGUGAAUACUAUUCGGAUUACAAGUUACUAUUCGAAGGCACCGGUUCGAAUCCCGGCGACAAGACGCUCGAAGAUAAAUUCUUUGAACACGAGGUAAAACUCAACGUGCACGCGUAUCUCCAUCAAUUCCACUUUGGCGUCUUCUACGCGUUCAUUAAAUUGAAAGAACAAGAGAUGCGAAACAUUAUCUGGAUUGCCGAGUGUAUCUCUCAACGACAUCGUGCCAAGAUCGACAACUACAUCCCGAUCCUG